CUCAGCCACAUUGACGCGGCCGGAGCAGCUUCGAUGGUCGACGUGUCGGGAAAGGCGACGACAAAGCGCGAGGCGGUGGCCGGCGCCACGGUGCAGCUUGGCCCGACCGCUGAGCUGCCGUGGACGGACACACCUCUCCUCGAACCAGGCGACGUGCUCGCCGUCGCUCGCGUGGCGGGCGUGCUCGCUGCCAAACGGACGGCCGACCUCAUUCCGCUCUGCCACCCGCUGCUGAUAUCGCACGCGUCGGUCGACUUUGAGCUCGACGCCGCCGCGCACUCGCUGCACAUCACCGCGAGCGCCUCGUGCGCCGCGGGCACCGGCGUCGAGAUGGAGGCGAUGACGGCUGCGUCGGUCGCCGCGCUGACCGUGUACGACAUGUGCAAGGCGGCGUCCAAGGGGAUUGUCAUCUCGGAGCUGCGCCUCCUGCGCAAGUCUGGCGGAAAGUCUGGCGAGUGG